AUGGUUGCUCUUCGACAGCAGAAGAAGAAGAAGAAGAAGAAGGAGGAGGAGGAGGAGGAGGAGGAGGAGGAGGAGGAGAAGGAGGAGGAGGAUAAAGAGGACCUUUCAAUGGGAACCAACAAGACUUUCUUAAUACGUCACACAUCAAACCAAGUAUUCAAGACAAGGGGCGCAGGACUGGCGGCGUGGUCGCAUGCUGUGAAAACCGGAGCACCAUACAACUGGCAGCCGUCAUUACGACACAUGAUGUUCCUGUUCAGUACCGCACUGCGUCGAAAUCAUUCACCCUGCCUGUGGUCGGUUUCAGACUCGCUGACCUUACAGUCAGACCGACUGCAAUGCGCGCGCACGCACUCAUAUUCCAACUGGACGGGCCACUCCUGAGUCAAUGCAGCGCAGACCAUUUGGACGAAAAACCCUUAAACUCGUUUCCAAAAGCCCUUAGAAGCUGCUGACACCACCGUCUCUAUCUCUGGCUGGUUUAACACCGUUGCCCUACGCCCAGGACUCGUUGGUGAAUACUUCUGCCUAAGACAGCGGCUUGGAGUUCUGCGUACGAUAAAUCCCUAUUUUCGGCGCCUUCUGUUCUCUCCUACCAUUGGGGACUUGGCUUGUUAACUGCAGUGUCCCAAGAUACAACCAUUAGUAAAGCCACCAAAGCAUCAUCAGGGGAGGUAAAGACAAUGUAUACAUGAAGUGGGCUGUGGUGAGGGAGGCCGGGAAGCAUAGGAGACCCAGGGGGGAACAAGAGGAGUAUGUAACGUCCCUUGAACUUAACAGAGUUGGUUGAAUGAUGUGACACUUUUUAGGCGAUCAGGUAUAAUGGAAAGAGACGGGAAUUGGAAAUAAGUAUAAUAAUGGUUAAGUGUACAAGUAGGAUAGGUUACAGCAAUGGAGUAACCUGUCUGGAUGGAGAGGCGACUCUGACAUGCCGGCUAAACAAUCGGUUGGGUAUGUAGCGCUUUGGGCAACUGCAAGGAAGCGACGAGGGGUGUGCCGACGUAGAGAGAGAGAGCGAUGCGAGCGUAGCGAUAAGUUGCGGGGAAGGGGGUCGGCGGUAGUGAGAUGAAGGGACACCGGACUUGUCCGCUAUGUAACGUCCCUUGAACUGAACAGAGUUGUUUGAAUGAUGUGGCACUCUUGGAGGGCGGAUCCAGGUUGAAGAUGGUGUGACCGCAUGUCGGCGAAAAUAACCAGUGUUCUGCCCUCGCAUCCCCGCGGACUCCUUUUCCGCUGUUACCGCAAUUACUAUACCGUAUCUCUGUCUGUCUGUCUGUCUCUCUCUUUCCCCCUCUACGUCGGCACUUCCCACGGCCCCACCCCUCAGGCCAACAGCGCUGCAUUCCCCAGCGGUUGUCUAGCUGGUUUUUGGUGUCUCCUCUUCAUCCAGACGGAUAAUCACUUUUGCUGUAUUCCUCAUUGCCCUCCUUGUAUAAUUUGACAUUUUCCUACGUGUUUAUGCCGCUGCUCUUGGUAUACGUAUUUCGCACCACUUGACUUUUUCUACUGUCAGCUUGGACGAGAUCGAUGGCCCGUUUAACAACUCUCUCCGGAUCAGAUUAGCCAGAAAUUAUAUCUAGUGCUCCACGUUACCCUCUGUGUGCCACCCUCAACGUCUUCGGCCGCUACGGGUAUUCAGCUUGGUUUUCGCGUUAGCCGCCUGAUUGUACGAGGUGUUCCUUCCACGCUGAUCCCACCUACUGACCGGGAUUCAUCUGCUACUCCACAAAGGGCUUCCAUGAGCGUAGUCACUACGUUCCCAGUAGACACUUUGAUUAGCAGGUGAACUUCAACUAUGGAGGUGACCGACGUGCCUCCAAAACGGCGGUGACCUCAACAGCAGAUCAUAAUUCACUGACACACUUCCACUGAGUUUCAAUUCACGUAAAACGCACACACCCUGUUGUAUUCCUCUUCCGUGACAAUAUCACGUGAGUGCCAUAAACACGGCAUACCACGAGACAACACGGCUUGUUUUAUUGUUGCACACUCUUUAGUCAAACAGACCCAAUACCCCCGGCGGACUUAAAUCAGUACUAUUAACGUUACUUUUACGCCCGCAGUUAUAUGGCUAAAAUCGCCUCAUCAGAUGAUUUAUGAGCCUGAACACACGCGUAGUUGAAGCACUUUCUUCUUGUACUCUUCUAACUGGCAAUCAUCCCGUAAACGUGGCAUCUGCGAGGGUAAGUUUUAUUAAUUUAAGCUCUGUGCUAAACCGAACUGGAACUUGGAUUCCAAGACUGAAUAUAUUUCAGUCAGCUAUUUUUAUACUGCCUACCGCUGUACGGAAUCCUACACCAAUUCUGCCUCCCAGACUUUUGAUUGAGGACACUUUUCGUUGAAGAAUCCCAAAAAAGUAUUUGGCGAGCGGAUGCUUGCAGUCGGCAAAUUCUCAGCAGGUCGGUUCUUUCUCUCCCACGUCGCGUGAGGCUUAUUUGUCUGGCUUUCGCCUUUCCGACAUGCAGUAGUGCACUGAUUAAUAUUCGAGUUUUUCGCUAUCUCUGGAGUACUUUUCCACCAAUCUGCUUCGGGGAUUGCCCUCAGCUGAUUGUCAUUAACUAUGGAAGGAUGUUCCUGCUCUUUUUUCCCUCACGUGUUCCUGACUUACAGCGCCCCUUACCGAAUACUAAGCUAGGAUUCGCUUCAUUUUCGCCAUUGCUAACCCAAGUUUGAUCUGGCUAAACAGUGUUGCCUUAAUUUGCAUUUUUCACAGCUGUGGACCAUCUACAAACCGUGAGUGGGCCUGUUUGUGUUUUUGGUUGAUGGCUGGUCGAGGGCAUGAAUAAUCCUGAAAAAAAAAACAGCAGCAGCCACAUCCUCCCAUCCUUGUUUUAAGUCGGUAACGGCUGUUGAGGUUAGACUUCCACCAGUCACAUUUCGACGCCUGUUUGGCCUUCAAAAAUCGAUAUUUUCGUUGUUUGAACUUUGAGCGCGCAUGCCUGCAGGAAAAAGGCUGGAUCUUUCGGCGUUGGGCUACCUCAACCUAUGUGUCGGCUCCCUUACUUGCUACUUCCUCUGCGUGGCACUGCUAUAUGUGAGCUUUAUUCCUCCGGGAAGACCAUUGUUGUUGCCGAUGGCCCUAAUCGCUGGCAGCUUUUCGGCAGUUGCCACCUUCGUGUUCUACGUCCUGUAUAAGCAACGCCGCAACGUUGGGAUAAAACCGUCUCCGGCGCCGGAUGCGGUUAAAUUGGAUACCGAGGAAGCUUUACAGUGAUCUUCAGCUCGGAGUCAGAGCAGUUCAGUCGACAAACUUCGCACCGUGCCAAUAACCCCCCCCCCCUCUGACCUGCUAUGUGCUUGUUUUGGUAUUUGAUAGUUAAUAGACAAAAGUUGUCCUACCCUGUUUUGAAUCUCAUAGCCUCGAGCUGUUUUCAAAUUUUUGAUGUUGCGCAUAGUAAAGAAGCUAAUCGACACUGUUCUCGGCGAACAAAAGCUCGAAAGACGCACGAAAGAAAGUUCGACGCGCUUCCCAGCAUCUUCAUUUCGGGAUAUCACGAAGCUGAGUCUCAGAGCGACCUAA